UGGAAUACUAGUACUACUCAAGAAAUAUUAAAACUUGAGAUGGACUCAGCAGAAAACAAAGCAUUUAGAAUAUUAGGGGGAAAGUAACCCAAAGAUAUGACGAUUGAAUGACAUCUACUGUCUUCCUAAUGUUUUAGCUCAUUUGUCUUGAGAUAGAUAUGCCAAACAGAAUGAAUAAUCGUAGUAUUUCCAAUAAUUACCAUGAUUUCUAACAUAAUUAAGCUAUAUUCUGAGAUUUGUCUAAAAAUCAAACUAAAUUGUUACAAAUGUUGUCGAAGUAAACUCUUGGAGAUACUAUGAUUAAUAGAUACUCGGAAACAAACCAAUGAAGAGUUUUGUUAAAUUAAACAACAAAGAUGGAGUUAGAAAUUAAUUAAUAACUCUUCUAAAACUUUGGUCCUUCCAAGAAAAUGAACUGUCAGUCAUCCAAUAAUGCUCUGAGAAGUCCAGGUAAAUCCAAAGAGGAAUCAGCCCAGACAAGAAGAACAUUGCAAACUCAAAUGCUUCACUUUCGAUAUAGUGUCGUUAGUUAAAACUUAUAAAGCUAAAUUAUUAAUUCUUAUGAACUUGACCCUCAGGGUGAUACCAAUACUUCAGCAUGCAAGGGACGAAAGAUACUUCUUCUGAGCCUGAAAGACAGCAGAGAGGCCGAGGAAACUUUUUCCAAGAAACCAGGUUUACUAUUUCAAAACCGUCAUGUGUACAAAUAAAUAUUUAGUAAUUCCAUUUCCACACUUGUAAACUAACUCAUGCUGGUCUAUUUCAAUU